UGCUAUUGCGCACGCGCCGACAGCGUGGGUCGUGGCUCUCUCUCUCUUGGUACUCUCCUCGCCGCUCCGUCGCCUCUCACGAAGACGUACGACAAAGUUGCGCAUUUUUCCGCCGCACGCCUCCUAACGUAAAACUAACAUGGCUCCUCCGACGUACAGCGACUUGGGAAGGAGUGCCCGUGAUGUAUUCGGGCAGGGCUAUCAUUUUGGUCUAUGCAAACUAGAUGUGAAAACCAAGACCAGCUCUGACGUUGAGUUUUCCUGUGGUGGUGUGUCUAACCAUGAUACAGGAAAGGUAUUUGGUACCUUAGAAACUAAAUAUAAGAUCAAGGAGUAUGGAUUGUCAUUCAGUGAGAAAUGGAAUACCGACAAUACUCUUGCAACUGAUGUUUCUAUUUGUGAUAAAUUGGUUAAAGGACUCACGCUUGGUUAUAGUUGUACCUUUUCUCCACAAACCGGUUCUAAAACUGGGAAGUUGAAGACAACCUACAAACAUGAGAAUGUUACCGCAACUACUGACUUUGAUCUUAACCUAUCUGCUGGGCCACUAAUUCAUGCCUCAGCUGUUAUCGGCUAUCAAGGAUGGUUGGCUGGCUAUCAGGGAUCUUUUGAUACGCAAAGGAAUAAACUUACAAAGAACAACUUUGCUCUUGGAUUUACCGCUUCUGAUUUUGCUCUCCAUACUGCUGUGGAGAAUGGACGUGAGUUUAAUAGCUCAAUUUAUCACAAGGUGAGACCAGAUUUGGAAGGAGGAAUCAAUUUGGCAUGGAAUUCCGGCAAUAAUGUAACACAGUUUGGCAUUGGAGCAAAGUAUAACCUUGACAAAGAUGCUAGUAUUAGAGCCAAGGUGAAUUCUCACCUUCAAAUAGGUUUGGGGUAUCAACAAAAACUUCAUGAUGGUGUGACUCUGACACUAUCUACCAGCAUCGAUGGAAAGAACUUCAACACUGGUGGCCACAAAUACGGUAUUGCAUUAGACCUUGAGGCUUAAACACGUAACACGUGUUGCGAAAAAGCUGAGGCAAAUUUAUCCCGUAUCAAUAAAUAUUUAUGACCCUUGUGUCAUAAAAUCGGCGUGACAGUACAUGCUUCAAAUAAAGUAUUGCCUAUAAAUGCGUAGAUAGGUUGAUCCCAAAAUAAAUACCGCAAGGUAUCAUGUAUCAUUUGCAAUUAGUUGAAGGGAGCAUAUAUUAUACGCAGUUGUGAAAUAGCGUUAUCUUUUUAUGAACGAUGCAAUACCGCGCAUUUGAACAAGGCGAGUUUUUACGUCAAGUUUGUAACUCUUUAAUUCCGUUAUCGUUCAACGACAUCUGACGUGCGUGGAAACCUUAUCUCGGUUCCUGUUUAAAAUCUUUCCGUAGAUAUUGAAAAUGACAUAAAGUCGGGCUAUAUAAAAAGGGAUAAUGCAAUGAUACGAAAGACAGUAUCGAUAGUCGAAUUAAUAAAGUUGAAUAAAAACGAAAAGAAACAUUCAUAGGGGUGUAAAAAUUUUUUGACCAUUUGCUUCAUGGUAGAAUGUGCAUGUGUAAUCUUAUAUUAUCUGCAUUAUAUUGCAGUUAUUACAGUUCUCGAAUUGUCAUACAUUCAAUCAGUAGUUUAUCGUAUUGACUCGUUUAUGAAUCAUACAAUUUUGCGAACGCCGCAGGAUACUUUCGAAUCUUUAACAGCGCAAAUUAAUUAUUUUCACUUUACGAACAUUCAGUAUUGUACCCUUUUAUUUCUCCUAUUAAUUUUAAUUGAAGAAUAUCUCUAAAUAUCGUAUUGAUUGGAAAUUCAUGGACAUAUAUUGAACUUUCGAUUUUAUCUUUAGAUGUAUGCACUUGUGUGCAGUCGGAAAGUAUUAAUAUGAGUGUUUGAUAAAUGUACGUGCAUUUCAAUCGUUUAGUACUGUCACACAUCGAUAUGAGAACACGAUGCCUUCUCUUAAGCAUAUAAAUAAGGCAUAAAUGCGUAUAUAUGUAUAAAUUAUAAUUAUCGGCAGCUAUGUAUGCCAUUUUCAUAUUACGAGGAAUAGAUGCAUCGACUAUCUGUUCCCGAUUUAAAGGAAUACUGCCACGUUGGCUAAAAAUUAGUGAAAUGUUUGUCUCAAAUAUUAUCAGACCGUCAAGUUUCUUUGUAGAAUUUCCACAUUUGAAUUAUACACACAUAUACAGCCACAUAUAUGAUAAGUAACGAUCAUAUUUUCAAAGGACACAGUGAAUAAUUGCGCAUAGCUAUACAUGUAAUUCCACUCCGCUUUAUUUUAUAUAGGAAAUAUAUAAUUAUGUUUGUGAAA